UCCGCUGCUAGGCGCUCAGCCGCAGUUGGGCGGGCGCCGCCGCGGCCAUCGCGUCGCCAAACUCCAUGCUCAGUGAGCAUGCCUUCAAGCGCCUCGGGCUUGGCGCCGGCAGCGACGACGAGGAUGAGGACGGAUACGGGAGCGACCUGGAGGGGCCCGCCGCCGUGGAGGGGGACAAGGAUGAUCUCGCCAUUUCCAGGCCCGAGCUCCCCGCCCAGCUCGUCGCCACCCUCGAGAAGCGUGGAAUUACCCACCUAUUCCCCAUCCAGGGCUUCGUAUUUGAUGGUUCUUUGGAACUGCAGCUCCGCCUUCCUAGAAGCCUUGCCUUCGUGUUGCCGUGGAGGGUGAUACAGUGCGAGCAGGAGGGCGCCGAGGAGUCCAAUGCCCGCUUCGCCUGGGCAUCACUAGUACUCAGGGGCAGGUCCGCAUACCACCUGAGGAAGGAGCUGGCCAACCGGCUGGGUGUCGCCAUGGAUGUCUCCAACCUCGUCAUGUGUGUCCGAGCAGGCCGAGGCGGUCGGACUGGGGCUGGGCCGCCGCCUGGAGGACACCGUACUAGGGGCUGCCGCUAGCAGCCGGCGAGCGCAGCAUGGUGGACCUCCGAAGAAGUUACGUUUGGAGGAGAGAAGACAUGGAAGCUACAUCGAAAUUGCAAUGGAUGAUCUGAAGCACCCAGAAGAAGUAGAGGACAAGACGGGAGGAGGGAACAAGAAGCUUCGUUUAUCAUUGAUGUUAUGUGUGAUCA